AUGGUGAUUACUAGCUUGGCAAGGGAAAAGCGCGUCAGCAGUGUCAUCUUUUGUCGCCAAGCCCCAAAGCUAUGCCGCGACAUGUGGAGGGUGUGUUGGGAUCCCAAGGCACGCAUCCGCGAAUGCGGCGUCCGCGCUCUGCAAGCUGUCCUCGAAAUUACCGUCACCCGCGCGGAGAAGGUUGUUGUGUCCCGUACCGUGCCUCUCGCGACAAGCUCGUCUUCGCCCAAGGCUAACAAGGGUGUCCCAGUCGUCCAUGGCUCCAUGGCAGUCCUAGGCACUCUAUUGUUCUCCGACAAGACCGUGUCCUUCAUGCAUCCGUAUGCGGCAGAGCUUUGUAACCUUGUCCUGCGCUAUCAAACGUGCAAGGAACCCUUAUUAAGGCAGGCCCUGGCUUGGCUCCUUCCCGCGCUUGUCCGAUUGGACGGCGACUUGUUCGCCAACCGCUUUCUGAAUAGUGUUCAUACCUCUACCCUUGGCUUAAUUGAGAAUCCUCGCUUUCCGGGAGAGGAGAGGGGUCGUUCUUUGGUUGCGCUUGCGGAAAUUGCGAAACAAAUGCCCCCUGACAGCAGCACCACUCUCAUCCCAGAUAUGCUUCGUGUUUGUCGAGAGGCCCUUCGCCUUUCGGACGCCUUCCACGACUAUCACCUCAUUCCGGAGCAUGACGUCAUUUUGGCCAUUUCGCAACUUGCUAAAGCCGAAAGAUGCGGGCCAUUCUUUGAAAAGGCCGUCAGGGAAGGCUUGCUCACCCAAAUGUUCAAUACAAAUUUUACAAACAGUCUGGUCAUGGCUGUGGACAAUAUUGGAAAUGUGGUUCCAACGUUCGCCGAGCCCAUUCGGCUCCGUCUUGUCCACCUAAUUGCUGCCACUCUGAAGAAGAGAAUGAAAGGCAGAAGCGAUGGCUUCUCUCCAACACAAUCAAAGGACUCCUCCGUUGCGGACCGUAGGCCCAAGUUGGGAGCGAGGAACGGCGUUGUUCCGAGAACACAAUCACUCAUGUCUCUGGAGGUUUCUCCACGGCAGACUGAUACGCGAAUGAAGUCUGCUAGUAUGCAGCCUGGACUCCAAAAAGCAGGCAAGGGCGACAAAGACAUUUCCGCAAGUCCCCAAGCUAAGAGCCGCGACUAUUUUCGGCCCUCCCCCAUCAUUGACGAGCUCUACCGCAUCGACUCAAGUCCGGAUCUGGCUUCAAGGCCUGAAGUUAAGGCUUUCAAUGCCCUCUUGAAAGAGGACUUGAUGGAGAGAUCAUUUUCCGGUCGGACUGAAAAUACUUUUAUGCCUCCUGAACCUAGUCAAGAUGUCGAGAUAGAUCAGAACAACUCCCCAUGCGUAGCCUUGAAGGCAAUCGUGAAUUAUGAUUUUUCAGACAUGCAAGUGCAAGACUUUAUCUCCUUCGCCACUGAAUUUGUGAUUGGGUAUGUGGAGCAAAACAGUGUUAAAGUGAGGGUACUUGCGGUCGCCGCGUGCGCGAAGCUCAUGCUUAGUGCGGCUGAGCUUUGGGCCGGACCAACGAGCGCUCGGCGACUGCCAAAGCAGUUACGACGAGGAAUUCAUUUGAUUCUCGAGCAGCUCUUGUCAAUAGCUGUCGCAGAUCCAUCUAUCGACGUGAGAUACGUUGCGAUCCGGUCUUUGGAUCAACAGAUUUUUUAUCCAUACCUUUUGCAACCAGAAAUGCUCGAAAAGCUGUUUCUCUGCUGCCUUGACGAGAGUCUCGCAAUGAGAGAUACUGCGUUGGCUAUCGCGGGACGUCUUAGCCAGCGAAAUCCAGCCCAUGUGCUGCCGUCUCUGAGAAAUCAAUUGGUACAUUUCAUGACUGUGUUAAAGUGUGAUGGAGAGUGCUUUGCUACCGAGCGGCGACGAGCCACUGAACUCCUUUACACCCUUGUACACAAUGCCCCUGGACUUACUGUACCAUACACGACGACAUUGAUGGAGGCGCUUCUCCUUCGACUGCAAGAAGCCCAUCGCUUUAGUGACCCGGGAAUGGCGUUACCACUCUUGAAGUCAGUGGCAGAGUUGGGUGGUACGAUGGGUCGCAUUGAUCUUCCCUUUCGCGCUCUUGCUGCAUUUGUUCAGAACACGGCUCAAGCCAUAAAACCCUACAUAGAACACCCACAGUUGCUUCCAGAAUUGAUUCAAUCGUUACAAGGGGAAGCGGACGAAGAGGUGAGAUUGCAUGCUGAAAUUUUGCUUGGAUCAUUGGGAGCGGUGGACCCUGAUGAGCACAAACACGUCGCAAUUAUCAACUAUAGGGCAAAGGAAUCUUCUGUGGAUAGAAUGCCCGGUGGCGCAAGUCAGGGCCAUUCCACAUAUCGACAGAGUGCCUCGGCUCCUCAUAUCCUUUUGCCUUGGAAUACUGCCGGUUAUACCUUGCGCACCGUCGGAGCCGAAGGCAAAGGACCCCUGACAGAACAAGAACAUAAAAUACAAGAGAGAUAUGGUAUACAAGACAAGAAAACAAAUCGAUUAGCCAUGAAGACCGGUACAUAUCAGGGUGGUCCAAAGAAGCCUGCAAGAAAUCUAGAAGAAGAUCAAAUUGACAUCGAGACCUAUGAGGAGGAGUUGACAGUAUCUCUUGCUUUGUUUGAACUGGGGAGCACCAAACUCAUGAAGAAAAUUGCGGGAUAUUCCCCGCCGUGGGCAGAGCCAGAAAUGAUCAAAGAUUCACUAAUCGGUCGACUUGAGCAUCCCUUCACGGCCAGUCCGGAUUACUUUCCGUCUGCUGCUCUUGAGGGCCUGCACAAAAUAAUAGGUAACCCGCGACUUCGCGAUCAACAUCGAGAAGCUUGUCAGGCAAUCGUUUACAUCUUGAAAUCUGUCGGUCCAAAAUGUGCAAACUUCCUUCCGUCUGUGGUUCCCAGAAUCGAAUGGCUACUAGCACAAUCCCUGGCUAAGGACUCGAGAAAAGGCACGAGAUUCGGUCAGUUGGAACAGCAUCUUAUGCAAAGAUUGGCCGACAUUGUAGCUACGGCUGGUCAUAUGUAUCGUCCCUUUACGUUUGACACCGUCCUCCUUGUAUUGGCGUUUUUUAAUUCUGCAAAGCAAUCUGCUGGUUGCGUGACCAGCGCAUGUACUCUUCUUUCCCGGCUUUCUGGAGCAAUUGAUGCCGAGUUCAAGCCUGUCAUUGCUACAGUACUUCCGUUCCUUCUGAAUGCCAUGGUACAGGACCGCUCUGCUAACGGGGCGAUAUCCACAGCAGUCUUGCGAACUUUAGAAUCAUUCGGCAACCUCCUAGGCAAUUACCACUCUAUUGUUCUAGUAACCUUAAUGGAAGUUGUUUCCACAAGAGCGUGCUUUACAAUCAAGGCGGCAGCUCUAACAACUCUCAUUCGCAUCGUCAGUUGCUAUAAGUAUGUAGAGGUGUUUUCUUGUGUGAUGCACCCCCUCAUGAAGAUUCUAGCCGGGGCAAGGGAUCGCACGUAUGAUCGCCCAUCAUUGACUUCUGCAUUAACUGAAAUUGGCGUCCGCGCAUCCAAGCGUUUCGACGUCUUUGUUCCAGUCGUCGCGAAAGCCUUGCGAGCUAGCAACGUGCAAAGGUCAAAAGAAAUGGUGUACCGUGCUUUGAAGGCCUGUCUGAUGAGAAGGGAUCCAGAUAUCGUCCGCGAGCUGCUAGAGGAGGAACAGGGAACAACGUUCGGAAGUAUGCCAGUUCUGCACGAGGGGGGAAUGGAUGGUUCUGGAAUGAGUUCUUUUGAUAGCCCGGAACUGGUCGCAAAGUGGGAAGUGAAUCACAACUGCACAGCCCAGGACUGGAUGAAUUGGUUUAGCAGUGUUGGGGCCGUAAUGUUUGAGCAGUCCGGUUCCCCAGCUUUCCGGGCGUGUGGACGGGUCUCAGACUCAUACCCCGACUUUAUUCGAGAGUUAUUCAAUGCUGCGUUCUUGUCAUGCUGGACCACAAAUUUGAGCCACCAGACUAAGUCUAGGAUUUGCGAUGCCCUUGAAACUGCCAUGUCAUCAGACACGAUUCCUGUCACUAUUCUUCAAGCUAUUUUGUUCCUAUUCGAGUAUAUGGACCACGCCGAAAGACCGCUACCGGCUGCAACAGCAAAGCUUGCCCGAACUGCGUGUAAGUGUGGCGCUUUUGCGAAGGCCGUGAGGUAUCGGGAACAGGACUAUGUGCAACAUUUUGACUCUAAAGAUCAAAUGAAAGAAGAUGUCAUUGGUGAAGAUGGUCUUAUGGAAAUUUAUGAGAAGCUGGGUCAGACCGAAUCGGCCGUUGGCACAGUGAUCCAUUACCAAAAGACUAGUGGCGAGGAAGCGAGCGAAGAGUGGUACGAAAAGCUGCAACAAUGGGACGACGCCUUGAAGUCGUACAGGAAAACAAUACGAUUCCAUAGUGGAAACGAAGAAGAGCGCGAAAGCACGCUUCUUGGGGCUCUGCGAUGCCUCAAUGAGAUCGGAGAAUGGCGGGAAAUGAAUACGCUAUUACAGGAGGCGAGGCAAGCUUGUCAUGGGAAUAUGAACGCAUUGCGGCAACUUGCAUUGCAAGGGAAAGGGGCCUCCGUGACUUUUGACCUAGGCCUCUGGGAUGAGUUUGAGCAGUGUGUGGACGUGCUCGAAACUGACACGUACGACGGGUGCUUUUACCACACGUUACUGUCAAUCGAAUUGGGGAAGGAGCAACCCAUCUAUCUAGACAAGGCAGAAAAGUUUCUGCAUCAGGCUCGCCGCAAGCUUGAUCUUGAACUCACUGCUCGUGUGUCUGAGGCUUAUCCGCGGGCCUAUGUCCACGUCGUCAAUGCCCAGCUACUUGUGGAAAUGGAAGAAAUAAUUCAAUUCUUGCGGUUAUCACGUAAAGACGCAAUUGCAUUUGGAAAAGGACGGCUUGACGAUGUCUGGACCGAAAGAUUGAAGGGGUGUAAACAUGAUAUGUUCAGUUGGUACAGGCUCUUGAUGAUACGUGCGCUUGUUCAAAGGCCAGUGGACGUGAAAGAGCACUGGCUCGACUUUACGAAUAUAUGCUGGAAGAAUAAGCGUCUUCCUUGGGCAAGUGAAGCAUUGCGCAAGCUGGUUUCAUCUUGCAGUGAGCAAUCUCAAGGAGACAACGCUUAUACCAGUCAGCACCCAGUAUCGGCCAAUAACGUUCCCUUGGUGGGGGAGUGGAACACCAAUUUUUUGCUUUCUAUUAGGGAAGUAGAAGUACGAUUUGCCUGUAUCAAGCACUUGUGGAAUGUGGGAAGAAGAGUUGAGGCCUUCAAAACAUUGGAUGCCUGCCGUGAUGACUUCGCUUUUAGUAGGCUUGAACCUCGUGUGCGUUUCGAAAAUUCUCACUCAGAGGAAGUGAGGCAUAUUGGAAACAAUGGUCAGGCAGUCUUGACUUCGGAUGUGUUCCUUCGACUUGCAGAAUGGGGGGAAACUAUUAUCUGCGAUGGACUUGAGGCGAAUAUUUCCGACGAUCUUCCCCUUACAUACGCCGAUAGGGCUGUACGGAUUCGUCCAGAUUGGGCCGAGGCUUGGCAUUAUUGGGGCAAUUUGAAUGCCAACCGCUUCAAGGCUUUAGUGAAGGGGAACAAAUCGAAACGAAGGCAUCUCGGCAGGCGCUAUUUUGAUCAGGCGGUGAAGGCCUUGUUCACGGCAAUAGAUCUGGAUACAAGUAUGUCCACCCUUGAAGAUUCACUGAAGGUACUAACUUUGUGGUUUAACUACGGCGGUUUUGCAGGAGUACACGCUAUUUUCGAUAAGUGCUUCGAACACACGAACAUCAUUAUGUGGCUGGCUGUAGUACCGCAAAUAAUUGCUCGUCUGUACUCCCCGUUUCAACAAGUUCAGGCGGGAGUGAAGAAGCUCUUGACGAAAAUUGGGAAACAACAUCCGCAAAUAGCAGUUUACCCACUUACAGUCGCAAAAGGAGCUAUUGGAGAGGGUCUCCUGAAGCGCAGGAAGGCGGCUGACGAAAUUCUUGCGGAGCUGAAGGUACAUCACCGUGAACUUGUUGAGCAGUCUGACCUUGUUUCCACAGAGCUCGUGAGAGCCGCGAUUGUCUGGGCAGAGUUAUGGUUUGAAAAGCUAGAAGAAGCUUCGAAGUUGUACUUUGUCGAACAUAAUACUGGAGAGAUGUUGGAUAUUUUGCUUCGCCUUCACGAAGAAAUAGAGCGGGGUGCCAAAACUGAAUAUGAAGAAAACUUCAUUAAUGAGUUCGGAAAGACUUUGAAGGACGCGGCGAAUCUGAUCCGGAGAAAGGAAUCUACCCGGAACUACAUGAUUGCUGCAUGGCAGCAUUACCACGAGGUGUUUGGUAAACUUCAGAAAGUGCAAAACUCAAUGAUGCUCAUGGAUUUAGAGAAAGUGUCAAGGCGUUUGCAUGAGGCAUCAGAUCUCGUGUUGGCAAUUCCUGGGACGUAUGAUCCCAACAACAAAGAAGAAGUAAUCGGGAUUCGCAAGUUUGGCGCGCAUCUCUACGUUCUUCAAAGCAAGCAACGUCCUCGUAAGCUUUCUAUGCUUGGUAGUGAUGGACGAGAGUACGAUUUCCUGCUGAAGGGGCAUGAAGACCUUCGGCAAGACGAACGGGUGAUGCAAGUUUUCCGCCUCAUCAACAAGAUAUUCGCGAAGAGCACGCAUCGUGUUGUUCUAACAGGGGUAGAAAUGAAGACAUACACGGUUGUGAGUUUGUCAUCCAAUGUCGGUUUGAUUGAAUGGGUUCCUGAAUGUGACACAAUGCAUGCUCUUGUGAAGGAAUAUCGAGAGGUCCGCAAGAUCAUGCCGAAUGUGGAGCAUAAAGUUAUGCUUCGGCUUGCAGCUGAACCGGAUCGACUACCGCUGCUGCAUAAGGUGGAUUUGUUCGAAGCAAUGCUUCAGCAAACCGGUAGCGUGGAUAUCGCGAAAGUUCUUUGGCUUCAGAGUAGAAACUCAGAAAUUUGGUUGGAGACCAGAAAUACGUAUGCCAAAUCGCUAGCGACAACUUCAAUGACGGGUUAUCUUCUCGGACUCGGGGAUCGACACCCUUCGAAUCUGAUGAUCGAACGUUCGACAGGCCGAGUAAUGCAUAUUGAUUUUGGUGACUGUUUCGAGGUUGCUAUGAGUCGGGAUAAAUUCCCAGAAACGGUUCCGUUCAGGCUGACGAGAAUGCUUGUUCAUGCCCUCGAACCUUGCGGCGUCGAUGGAUUUUUCCGGCAUACAGCGGAAGCCACGAUGGAAGUUUUGCGCCAACGAGAUCCGAGAGAAUCUUUAAUGUCGCUGAUGGAAGCCUUUGUUUAUGAUCCCCUAUUGCGAUGGAAGUUAAUUGGGCCAGAAGAGCUUGAUCAGAUCCGCAAGGAAAGUAGGAGCGCCAGGGCUGAAGCAAAUGCAACGAACGGAAUGGCACCAGACACAUUACAACCGUCACGUCAGGACACCGAAGAGUCGGAGGAGAUGCCCGAAAUAAAGAGUCUUGAAGCAACAGGGUGUCUUUCCCGCUCUGUUCGAAAAGCGCGAAUGCGACAAAUGCGGGCUGUUCGUAAUGGGGAUCAGUUUCAUGAUGAGAAGAUUAUAGGGAUCUCGAAAGAAAAGGCGAGAUGUGCUUUAGAGAGAUUUGAAUCCAAACUGUACGGGACAGACUUCGAACGGAACGUGGAGUUAUCCGUUGCGGAGCAAGUUAAUCGCUUGAUUGAAGAUGCACAAAGUAUUGAGAACCUUUGUGCGUUAUUUAUGGGCUGGUGUGCCUUUUGGUGAUGGAGGUGGAGUUUUUGAUCGGGGUAUCAAAGGGCGUGCAUACGGCUUUGAUGGCUGCCAAGACUUGAUGUAGAUUAAUUGGAGGAGGGAGAUAGAAAGUUUUCGCUUCUAGAGCGGCAAUGUACAAUACGAAGGAGGGGAGGACAGGCACCAACUUCUAUGACCGGCUUUUGAUUUGGUGAAGAGACCAAAUUGUAUACUAUAGUGCUGAGGUAUGUACUUGUAAACCAUGUUUCGUUCCCA